GUAUAACCAUAAUUACCUAACGUAGUAGGCCAAAUCCCAGCAUGCUCGCUGUUAUGUAAACAGGUAGCUCAAUCGGGCACCAUGUGUGAGACCAGCUGAUAGGAAUACAAAGAGAAGAUCCUUUAACACGACUCAUUAACAACAGGUGUCUGGCAUCUCAGAAGGUUCUCUACGUGUCAGGAGUCGGGUUUCCUGUGGUCUCCCGGGUGAUGUGCCAGAAGUCCACAAUGAUGGUAUGGAAAUGAGACCGGCGACACCCGAUAAGGACAGACCUCAUUGUUUGGGAUGUAACAGAUACGCCGGAGGAGAUGAUGAAAAGGAGACCAGCAGUGGGGAUGACCAAAGGUGAGCAGUCAUUGCCGGGUGCUACAGAAGAACAGCCACUGGAUCCAGUCUGUUCCAGCUUCUGAUUUUUGGUGCUACACCCAACCAAACUUCGACUCAUCCCCUUAUCUACUGACCUAUCUGCCCCAAGAUGUCAAAACUGGAAAAGGCCAUGGAUACUCUUAUCGAAGUCUUCCACACAUAUUCCGCUCGGGAAGGUGACAAGCACAAGCUGUGCAAGAGGGAACUGAAGGAUCUUCUACAGAACGAGCUUGGAGAAUAUCUUGAGGAGCAGAAAGAUGCCACCUCUGUGGACAAGAUCCUGAAGGAGCUGGAUGAGAACGGAGACGGGGAGGUGGACUUCCAGGAGUUUGUCAUCUUGGUGGCCUCUUUGACCGUGGCCUGCAAUACCUUCUUCUGCGAGAGCAGCUGAGCCGACCAUUCAUUCCACCGGCAUGGAGGAGACCCUUGUACAAAGACUGACGUCUCAAUAAACUAGAAAUUUAUCCUUUAACUGCC